AUGGUUUUGCCCAUUCCCGUGAUGAAGUAUUGCGCAGACUAUCGUUGGAACUCCGAUGCAAGUUCAGAUCAAUGCAAAGGGAUUGAGAGAAACCUCCCAGAAAUUUUAAGAAAUGAUCUUCAAGUGCCUCGUCAAAGAAGGGAUGUAAACCAGCUAACAACUCAUGAAAAUGGUUUUUGUGCUGGAUUCAAGGGAUCCUAUGUUGGGAGAAAAGCUGAGAAAUAUUUUAUCAAUAAUCACUCAGGCUUCAGAGUCAUGUAUCACAAGAACCUUGAGACUGCUUCUGCUUGCAUGGUUGGCUUUGAGGUUGCUCCAAUCAGCAUCACUCAUUUGGUAAGAGACACCAAAAAUACAAUUAAAGGUAAGAAGAUGGUAUUUACACAUGAUGUUUCUUUCAAGCUUAGUGAAUUCAAGUGGGCAACUCAUUGGGACACCUAUCUCCUUAUGAAUGAUGAUCAAAUCCAUUGGUUCUCCAUUAUCAAUUUUCUGAUGAUUUUCCUGUUCUUUUAUGAUAUAAGAACUCUUUGUAGAGAUAUCGCCAACUAUAAUCAGUUGGAGACCAAGGAUGAAGCCCAAGAGGAAACGGCAGGGUGGGAGCUUGUCCAUGGAAAUGUUUUCAGGCCCCCUGUCAAUUCUGGUUUACUUUGUUUCUAUGUUGGAACAUGGGUCCAGAUUUUUGGAAUCACACUUGUUCCAAUAAGUUUUGCAUUACUGGGUUUCCUAUCACCUUUAAACCGAAGGCGGCUUAAGACUAUCAUGGUUCUCUUGUGGGUUUUCAUGGGUUUAAUUGCAGGUUAUUCAGCUCAUUGGUACAAGAUGUUCAAGGGAGCAAAAUGGAAGAGAAAUACUUUGAAAGCUAAAUUCAUUUUUCCUGGUAUUAUCUCUGCAAUCUUGUUUGCGUUGAAUGCACUCAUAUGGGGAGAGCAGUUUUUUGGUGCAUUGCCCUUUGGUACCAUGUUUGCUCUUGCAUUCUUAUGGUUGGGUAUAUCAGUACCACUGGUUUUUGUGGGUAACUAUUUGGGUUUCAAAAGCCCAGCUAUUAAGGACCCAACGGAGAUAAAUAAGAUCCCAAUAGAGAUAACAAAGAAGGCCUGGUACAUGAAACCAGCCUUUUCUAUUCUUAUUGGAGGCAUACUUCCCUUUGGAGCUGUGUUUGUUGAACUCUGUUUCAUCUUGACAUCAAUAUGGUUGAACCAGUUCUACAUCUUCAGUCCCUUGCAAGCCUCAGACAAUGUGGGCAAGGUCGCGUGUAAACUAGACUUAUCGGCCAUGGCAAAAAGUUGCCUCAAGCAACGGGAUUGCGAGGUAAGACAUGUUCUAGUCCACUGGGGUGGUUUACCUUGGAAGAGGCUUAAUGGGAAGACAUUACGUUCUUCAUCGUCGCCCCACUUGAACCUUGAGGACAAGGUUCUUUUGGAAGAAGAUGGCAAUGUUACAACUCAGCAUGACAUGGAGGAGUUGAUGAGUAAACACUUUUGCCACGACAGCACCCCACUUGGCAAGGAGAAACAUGCAAACCUCAUGAAGAGCAUCUUAGGGAAUAUUCCAUUUUUCUGUUGAAGGGUAGACCAUUGUUAGGAUAUUAUAUAUACA